AUGGGAGACAUGUCGCAUUUCCGGGGUGGCGACUGCACGAUGGUGACUCACCCGGAGCUGAAUUAUGGACCAGGUAUAUCUGGAAUGACCCCUUGGCGCCUGGGUGGCACGCCGGGCGGUGGCAAAGGAACAGUUUUGCAGCAUCCGGAGAUGAGCUAUGGACCCGGUGUGUCCGGAGCCUUGUACAUUGAUCAUUCGGGAGGCCACGGCCAUCAGGCGUUGGAAGGUGAGCAGAAGAAGGAGCCAGCAACAAAGAGGGUUCCUGGGCGAGGCGAUGUGUGCACCGUCGAACAGCGAAUCACCGAUGGCUGGCAGAGGCGACAAGACCGCGCUCGGUGA